UCUCUUCGUUUCAGUCCCAGCUAAUUCAAAGAUGAUUAACUCUAAGCUUUUCCUUCUCUGGGUUCUGUGUGCUCUUUUUUGGUUUCUUGGUGCCAUGCAGCCUUUGUCGUCUGGGGCCGGCUUCAAGGCCAUCAAUUCUGCUAUGCCACCGCUAGUAAGCUCGAGUAACACGCUUGGGGAAGAGAAGUCAUUUUACCAUCCUGCUGCUUAUGGUGGCGGUGGAGGCUCUGGUGCGGGUGGCGGUGAAGGUUCCGGGUAUGGUUCUGGGGAAGGGUUUGGUGAAGGAGUAGGUAGUGAUGGUGAUGGUGGUAGUGGUGGAGGAUAUGGAGGUGGGGGUGGCAGAGGAAGUGGCGGAGGAAUGGGAGAUGGUUCUGGUUACGGUAGUGGAAGUGGUUAUGGUUACGGUAUUGGAACAGGAGCCAGUGGAGGAGGUGGCGGAGGAGGAGGAGGAGGUGGAGGUGGUGGUGGUAUGAGUGGAGCUGAUGGCACUGGAUUUGGUGAAGGGGAAGGUUCUGGUGCUGGCUAUGGAGGAGUUGGAAUACCUUGAAACCCUAAGCUUUUGUUCAUCAAUUCUCCAGUAAUAAAUUGGGACAUGCCCGUGACUACUGUCUUUUUCUUUUUUCAACUAAUUUUCUUUUCCAUCUAUCUGUGUCUCUUCUUUGUUGUGGAGGUUUAAUUUAUUUAACUUUUGUUUCUCCAAUUGGCAAUAUAGGAGUAAUAAACUUCCUCCUAGAUCA